AAAAAUUAGAUAAACCAUGAGGGCAAAAAUGAAUUUUUCGUCGAGCACAACGGAAGACUUGGAGCUGGGAGCUGCCAUGGCGAUCGGAUAGGGCGAGACGGCAACGGGCGACCGCACAGGACUCAGCAGCCGGCAUGACCGAAGAAACCGCGUAGCUGAUGCUUGCAUGCUGUCGGUUUCCAUGCAUAGGGCCGGUGCUGGGCCACAGCAAGGGGAGACCUGAAGUCAAUACGCCAAUAGCGGACCAGCGCUGCUUUACUCCGUUCCUUGACGAACACGCUCCGCCGACCAGAUGGUUCUGGCCCGCCUCCAACUCUAAAACGGGAACCUUUCCGCACGCCAUCCACCGAUCCACCUCAAAAAACUAUAUAUGUGUUUGCGCAGAGAGGGCAGAGGUAGCGGGAGUAGCCGACACAUCGAAAAAGUAAAAGAGAUUCUUUGAGGUAGACUGUGAACAUGGUGGAAGAACUUGCAACUCAGGAAAAGCAGGAAGUAACCGUUUACGAUACAGGCACUCACGUGGUAAAAAUCUUGGAAGAUCAUAUGGAAGGAGCUUAUUAUCUUGAUGAAAUAGCAGUUCAGGCAAGUGUUUAUCAGUCGUUCCAGGAGAAUUCAGGCAAUAGAUAUAGACCAAAUCAUGAGAUUGGCCAAAGCAGCCAAAGGACUCGUGGUGAAAGUAAUCUCCAAUCAGCAUCAGCAUAUGAUGAAGUUCUAGCUCAACAGUGUCAAUUACUGGAGGAUUGUUCUGCUGAUGCACUAGAAAGUACAAUAAAUCAUCCAGGAGAUGGUGUAAACACAACAGAGUCUUCUACACGAAAUGCUGGAUCUUCAUCUAAUGGCAAUCCUAGACUGGUUAUAAGAGAAGACAACAUCGACUCAGAUUCCAUGUCUUAUGAGCAAUUACAGUCGCUAGAGGAUGAAAUAGGUAGCGAAAGCAGAGGUUUGUCGGAUGAGCUUAUUUCUUAUUUGAGGGUGCUAGAGCACAGACACAAAUUCUUCUCAAGAAAGGGCAACGAAGAAUGUGUCAUUUGCAAAUCAAAUUACAAAAGACAGAAGUUGAUCACUUUGCCUUGCUGCCAUUGUUACCAUUCGCAUUGCAUCAUUCGCUGGUUGAAGGAAAACAAGGCAUGCCCGAUUUGCAAGGAGGAGGUAUUUGGGUGAAAGUUACACUGGAUCAAAUUGCAGAGGUCUACGAAAAUGAA